AUGUGCGGAAUCAGCGCCGUCCUUUCGCUGGCAGGGUACCCCGCGCAAUCGAACGGGGAUCGCUUGUCAUCCCUCGAGCAGCUCGGCAAGAGUCUGGAUCUUGUCAAACAUCGUGGACCAGAUGCACGUGGUGAAUGGGCCAACGAGGAUGGUAACGUUUAUCUGGGCCACGUUAGACUCUCCAUUGUCGAUCUUAGCCCGCAGGCAAACCAGCCCUUUCAUGAUACUGCGAAUGAUGUCCACGCAAUCGUGAACGGUGAGUUGUACAAUGACGAGUACUAUCGAGAACUCCUGGGCAGUGAAUAUGACUUCCACAGCAAGAGCGAUUGCGAGAUCGUCUUAGCUUUGUAUAAGCACUACGGGCUUUCUUUUGUGUCUCAUCUUCGAGGCGAAUUUGCUUUGAUCUUGUGGGAUGCCCGCAGAAAAGUAUUCAUUGGCGCGAGGGACCGGUAUGGUGUCAAGUCUCUCUACUACACCGUUGUGAAUAACCGACUUCUUGUGGCAACUGAAAUGAAAUGUUUCCUUCCCUUUGGAUGGGAGCCGGAGUGGGAUGUUCAAGGUAUUAGAGAAUGUGGCUGGAUGUUCGGUGCUGGGACUAUGUUCAAGGGGGUCAAAUCAGUUGCCCCGGGGCAUUAUAUUAUCAGCAAAGGGCUCAACCAUAUUCAGAAUGCAGCUUACUGGGAUGCUGAGUAUCCUGACAAAAGAACACCAGAGCUUCGAUCAGAAGCCGAGAUGAUAGAGGGAGUACGAGAUCGUCUAAUGGAAGCUAUUAAAAUUCGCCUUCGGGCUGAUGUGCCCUUAGGAAUCUAUUUGAGCGGGGGAAUUGACUCAUCCGCAGUGGCUGGCAUGGUAGCUCAUCUCGUUAAGGAAGAGGGUGCCCGACUUGGCAAUGAUGAGAGCCAACUUCUCUCACGAAUAAAAUGCUUCACGGUGCAAUUCGACAAGGAUAGUGGCGCUGACGAGUCCGAUAUCGCGCAGCGUACCGCCGAAUGGCUCGGGGUAGAUUAUCACCCCGUAUCCGUCAACGAAGAAACUUUUGCUGCGAUGUUUGAGGAUACUGUUUGGCACAGUGAAACACCUAUGCCGGACACAAAUGGCAUGGGAAGGCUCGCCAUGGCUGAGGCUGCUAGAUCGCACGGCAUUAAAGUGAUAUUGACAGGAGAGGGAUCUGACGAGCACUUUGGAGGAUAUAAAGACUUGUCGAGCGAUUUCUUGCUUGAAAAUGAUCCCUCAUGGCCCUCCGCGCCAUCCAAAGAGGAGAUCGCAGAAUUAGCAAAACAGCUCAAAGCCCUCUAUGCAACUAUGGCCAAGGACAUACCCUUAAGUAGAACUAGGGCUCCGGAGUCGACUCGUCGAAUGCUGAACAAUACCUCAAUCUUGACAUUCCUCUCAUUGGUCGGCCGUAUGCCCUUUGCCAAGUGGACAGACAUAUAUACAACCACGUCGCCCGAGACUGCACAGGCAGAAAGCUUAGAUGGACGUGUUCGAGACGCUAUUGCGAACAAGUGGCAUCCACUUCACACAGCGGAGUACCUCUUCACAAAGGGCUUUUUUAGCAACUUAUUACUCCGGUAUCUCGGUGAUAAUAUCGAUAUGGUCCAUAGUGUCGAGACUAGACCUCCGUUCCUUGAUCAUCAUCUGACAGAAUAUGCGAAUAGCCUCCCACCUAGCCUGAAGAUCAAAGUGUCCACGUCAGAUAGGUCACUUACGGAGAAGUAUAUCUUGCGAGAAGCAGUUCAUCCCUUCGUCACCGAGGAGAUCUAUAUGCGACAGAAGAAGCCAUAUAUUGGACCGACCAAUUUCCAGGAGAAUGGGCCGCUUCAUCGGUUGUUCCUUCGUCUGACUACUCGGGAAAAUGUUGAUGCUCUUGGGUUUGUGGACUACGAAGAAACACAAGAAAAUGUUCGCAAGGCAUUCCAAGAUAAGGAUCACUGGUCUUUGCGGGCUGCUUUCUCUGUUUGUCAGUUUAUUGUGCUCUCGCAACGAUUUGGGGUCGCUAGAGCUACGGCUCCAUCCUUGUGCCGUACUUGCUAG